AUGAUCACAUUAUUUCUGCCAAUGUUUUGCACAAUUUAUCAUGUCAUUUUCAAUUGCGCCAGCCAUCGAAAAUCCAACAAACAACACGUCACGCAUCGACAAACGAUGUCAAGAGAAAGUCGAACCGAACAAGCAACAACAACUCCAACACAAAAUACACCAAAUACUCCGAAUGUCAGCGGCACAGGAAAGGAAAAAGAAAAAGAGAAGAGCAAUUCGCCGCCAAAAACGUUGAAUGGUGAAAAACGUGGUAGUGAACCGCAUGUUCCAUCGCCUGCACCAAAUACGGCUGUACCAUUAUCUCCACCGUCCAAAAUUACACCUGAUAAUUAUAAUUUGGGCAAUAAUAAGGUGAGUGGAUUUGGGUUCCUUUUAGAAAUUUUAAAAUUUUUAUUGACAGAUUUGGUUUUUUAAUGUUAAUUAGUUAAUUAAUUAGGUUGUAUUUGUGAAUUUCGACUAAAUAAGCUAAUUGGAUAACUAAAAUGUUGAAACGUACGACGUACGUCUGGCAAUUUUCCAUGAAAAAUUGAGAAAAACUGCAGACAUUUUAUUGACAGCUUUUAUUUUUUAUUAAUUAAAAAUAUUUUUAUUAAUGACAGAUAUUUUAAAUCCAGAAAAUUCGAAAAAAUCGCUGAAAACCACGAAUUUCAAACAUUUUUCGCAAUUCAAAAAUUAGUAGGCAGUGCAGUCAAGGUCAGCAGCUCCGCCCACCUAACACAUUACUCUGUCGUCUGGCCAUACCUCUCAAUUGUCCGGUCGACCGCAAAUGUAAAUAGUUGGCUAUUUGCCGGAAAAAAGUUAUCGCUUCUUCGGCUUAUUAGCUAAGAUCAAAGUGUAGUAUCUGUUCUUAUCGUAUUAACCUACGGUAUACAUUCGAAUGAAUGUAAUUAAGGUUAUAUGAUUUUUGGAACCUAGGAAAGACUCGGGGCUUGCUCCGACUUUCCAAGGGUCGUCUCAGCGUUGCACUGCUGCUGAGCUCGGCCCAGUCCCCAAGGGGACAAAAAACAAAGAAAUAUUUAAAAAUUAAAAAUCAAUUUCAGGAUGAUUUGAGAAGAGAUGGAACAAGCACAAUGGGCAAAGAGAAAGCCGAAAAAACCGCAAUUCCUGAUUCGAAAUUUGAGAGAAGAGAGCCAAUUGAAAAGCAUACAACAAUUACAGUCACUAAAGAUACUACUAAAACUAGAAAACCGAUGGAUGAUUUAUUGUAAGUUUUCUGAAAUUUCCUAGGAUUUGAGAUUAAUCUAGAAAAUUUUGUAGAAAAGGACUCGUGGAACCCGAAUUUCUGCCAUCUGAUGCUGAUGACGAUACUUUGAGGUGUGUUAAAAGUAUCAAGAAAAUUUGA